AUGGCUCCAAAACGAAAGAAAGUAGGUUUUCAACCAUCUUCUGCAUUUGAAGAAAUCACGCCUGAGAUUGAGGACGAGAUUGUUGAAGAAUAUGCACAGCAACUAGGUGACGAUACGGACCUUCAUUUGGAUAAAUUGAGCGACGUUUUGGACAGCUUAAACAUUCCUCACUGUUUCACAAGCGAUAUAAAGAGUGCAAUCGACUACUAUUAUCAAUUUAUGCACGAUCGAGACUACGCUAUCAACAGCGGCAGUACGAAACAAAGACUAACGUUAGAAAUGAUCUUGUCUUUUACAAUCACCACAUCCACACAAACAACCGAUGAUGUUUCCGAUAUAAUUGACAUUGAUAAACUCAUACAACGAUUAAAUACCCUAAUAAAGUUGCGAAAUAAUUAUUCCCAUAUAAUAUCGAGUUGGAAACUGUUUAUUCAAGAAUCAGGUGGAGCAAACAAACCAGCCAAUAUUGAAGAUUUUCAAUUAACACUUCCAGAAUUGAAAAAUGUGAAAACAUCGUUAAACUUGGAUAAUGAUCCGCAAACUAAAGCGCCAUUAAAUGAUGGAUUUUUAAUCGAUAUGUUGGGGUGUUGUCAACAUGACCAAAAGGGGCAUUUGAUCAAUUUUGCAUUUGAUAAACAAGGUGCAUCUGUUAUGAUUAAAGAUUUUGCUGUUAUUUUGGGCAAACUUGGUGAACUAGAUGAUGUCGAGUAA